CCCAUCGAAAAGGACGGCGUCGCCGCGCACCCGCAGGGCUGCCCACAAAAAAGACGAUGGCCCGCAAGCGCAAAACGAAAAAAGACGAGGACGAGGGCGCCCUCAGCCCGCGCACCGUCCUCGUCGCGCUGCUCAUCGCAGCAAUAGCAGCAGGAGCCGCGCACCUGCUCAAGCACCCGGCCAUCGUCGAGGAGUGGGCCGAAGCGUCAUCGAACCUCAACGCCACGGCGCGAGCGCGGAGGCGCGAUAGUGAACUGAUGAAGCUCGUCCCGGCCACGCCACACGACAAGUCCGCCUUCGACCGGGCCGUGGCCUGGUGCGCGCGGAACUGGGACGACGAGUCGAAGCGCGUCGCCGAAUUCACGCUCGAACGAUUGUCGGGCGAGCCGAGCGACGCGGGCGCGGCGACGACGGUCGCCAAUUUGAUGAUCCGUGCGGUCGAGGCGCACAUGCGGGCCUCGAACUGGUCGGCCACGGCGGCGAUUUCGGCACCUUCUCCGUUACGGCAGCAGUACGGCGAUGUCUUGGGGAGUGCCGGUUCGUUGUUGAGGCAGGCCGCCGACGACGAGGACCACCACGGCGCGCACUACUCCUUGGCUUUAUUAUACAAGCUCUAUCCGGGCUUGAUGGCGUCAAAUGUGAAGGUGGAAGAUGCGGCGAAGGCUGGGGCAGCUAGAGCGUGUGCUGCCGAGCGGGCGACCAUAAGAUGGCUCAAGCAGGGCUCCGCGGGGAGAUAUGGCGUGGCCGCCGCUUUAGGAUGUCUCCACGUUCGGGUCGAAAGAAAAUGGAGCCGGCGGCCGAAUGUUGAGAUAACAAACUACGACGGCGCGUCCGUCGGCGAGAUCCGGCCGCCCGACAAUCAUUCGAAAAUUGUCAUCCAGGGCCUCGACAGUGUAAUCCACGACCUGCCGUUAUCUCCCCUCGCGGACGACCGCAAGUCGAUCCCGCCGCCGAUCAUAAGGCCGGAGUACUACGCCCCGGACCGAAGUUGCACGAUUUAUUCAAGGAGCUGCUACCCGGCCUUGUGGCGGCAGUUCGACCCGCGCAAUCCUAUUGAUCAUUCUAGACCUCGAGAAUUGGAGUUGGAGGAGGCGGCCGUCGUCGACGGGUUUUCGGGCGCGAGUUACUAUCACUGGCUCUGUGAGACCGUGCCGCGCUUGCUGAUCCUAGGCGAGCACUUGGAAAAGACGCGAUCCAACAACGCGCCGCGCGUGCCCGUGUUAUUGCCGGCGGGCGGGCCGCACGUCGAGGCAACUUUAAGGUUGCUCGGCCGCGCGGCCUUCUCGGCCUUCGGCGUGCUGCACAAGCGCGAGCACGGCACCGUCGUGCGCGUGUCCCAGAAGGUUUUUGCGUUGACGUGGGGCAACGAGGACCACCCCGGCGCCGCCUCCGCCUUGCUCCCCGCUCCCUCAAUGCUGCGGAAGGCCCGCGAGGCCAUCGUCGCCGCAGCUUUGGCGGGCCCGCCGCCCGACGCGGGACGCCACGCGCGCGGCCGCACGACCGUGGUAUUGGCGUCGCGGCACGCCGACGAGAGCAGAGCAUUGGGCAACCAGGAGGCGAUCGCCGCGGCGCUCGCGCACGUCGCCGCGCAGCGCAAUUUGGAAUUUGCGCUGUUCGACGGGCGGGUCACGACGCUGCCGGAGACCGUGGAUUUGUUUGGGAGCGCGGCGCUGGUCGUGGGCGUCCACGGCGCGGGCCUCGCGAACGCGCUCUUCUGCGUCGAGGGCGCGGCGCUAUUGGAGCUGAGCCUGCCCGAGCCGGAGUUCGGGGAAUACGCGCACCUCGCGGGGGCCCUCGGGUUGCACUACGCGAGCGUGCCGCUGCCGCACUCGAACUUCGAGGCGCGCGCGUGGCCGAAGCCGUCGGCGGUCGCGGCGGCGGCGGCGGCGCUGCUCGACGCGUAACUUGCUCAGUGUGA